CUGGCUGAGAGCACAGCGAGGGAGGGAAUGUGAUCCUCUCCCUGUCAAGCCUGUAGAGCUGCAUCUUACAUGUCUGAGAGAAACCUGCAGCCACUAAAUGUCUGCAUGGCUUUAAAUACACUGAGAACUUUGGUUUUCAGGAGGAUUUUUAGCGGCAGUUAGGAGCAGUCCUCUCUGCAUUGCAGCACUGUGGCUGAGGAGAGCGGGGAGAAGAGAGCCUGUGUGGCACACCGAGCUGAGCACCCAAUCAGGCACCUCCGUGUGGUGCUCAAGCCAAUCGGCAGCCUGCAGCUGAGGUUAAAGAUUGACAAUUGCAAGAGAGAGCAGCAGGGAGAGAAGGCCUUCUGGGAAACCUGGACCUAUCUUUUCCCCUCAUCCCCCAACGCCCUCAAUAAUUGAAAAGAUUAAAGAAUAGGCUGAAGAAUCUGUAUGUGAGAAAGGAACAAGUGUGGCAGAGGACGAGGGAAAAUUUGAGACUGCUACAGAAGGAAUGGAGAUGUCAACACGGUCAAAAGUUUCAGACGCGGGGUCAGCAGAGAAGAUGACCCAAAAACGAAAGAUGCCAAGUCCUUCUCACUCAUCGAAUGGUCACUCUUCUGCUGAAACCUCCCCAUGCCCAGUGAAAAAGAAGAAGAAGCCAGGUGCUCUUAGCAGCAGCAAAGACCAGUCAGAACUAAGACAUGGUCCCUUUUACUAUGUGAAGCAGCCAGCACUCACCACAGACCCUGUUGAUGUUGUACCGCAGGACGGCAGGAAUGACUUCUACUGCUGGCUGUGCCACCGCGAGGGCCAGGUGCUCUGCUGUGAGCUCUGCCCCAGGGUGUACCACGCCAAGUGCCUCAAACUACCAGCCGAGCCCGAGGGCGACUGGUUCUGUCCGGAGUGUGAGAAAAUAACAGUGGCUGAGUGUAUAGAGACUCAGAGCAAAGCCAUGAUGAUGCUAACUAUAGACCAGCUGUCUUACCUUCUUAAGUUUGCCCUUCAGAAGAUGAAACAACCAGGUGAUCAUCCCCGCUUGUCAUCUCGCUCUCCCCAUGCAGCUUCCACGCAGAGAAAGACUUUUAAUUGGACCGAACCCUUCCAGAAACCUGUAUCUCUUGAACAACAUCCAGAUUACGCAGAGUACAUUUUUCACCCUAUGGAUCUUUGCACACUAGAGAAGAAUAUCAAAAAGAAAAUGUAUGGCUGCACAGAGGCCUUCUUGGCAGAUGCUAAAUGGAUUUUGCACAACUGUAUUAUAUACAAUGGAGCAAAUCACAAACUUACAGCAACAGCUAAAGUGAUAGUGAAAAUCUGUGAACAUGAGAUGAAUGAAAUUGAAGUUUGUCCUGAAUGUUAUCUGUCUGCUUGCCAGAAGCGAGACAACUGGUUCUGUGAGCCUUGUAGUAACCCACACCCUCUCGUGUGGGCCAAACUGAAAGGAUUUCCGUUCUGGCCCGCUAAAGCUCUGAGAGACAAAGAUGGACAGGUGGAUGCUCGCUUUUUUGGCCAGCAUGACAGGGCUUGGGUUCCACUAAACAAUUGCUACCUCAUGUCAAAAGAGAUUCCUUUCUCUGUAAAGAAGACCAAAAGCAUCUUUAACAGUGCCAUGCAGGAGAUGGAGGUCUACGUGGAAAACAUGAGAAAGAAGUUUGGAGUCUUCAAUUAUGCCUCCUUCAGGACACCGUACACUCCUGACAAUAACUUCCAGAUGCUCCUGGAUCCCUCAAACCCGUCAUCAGCGCCCAUCAAGCCUGAGAAACAGGAGAAGAUCAAACUUAGUUUUGAUAUGACUGCAUCACCCAAGAUUGCUUUGUCCAGGACCAUGCUGUCCGGAGCAGGGAUGGGAGGGAGCACCACAGGCAGGCGACUUCCACUCAGUGAGAUGCCUCGUUCUCCCAUGAGCACUAACUCCUCUGCUCAUACUGGUUCAGAUGGGGAACAGGAGUCGGCAGACAAGUCCCAGUCAAAGGCUCCUAACAACAAGCACAGCAUGGGAGAGGAGCCUGUAGACUCUGCAGGAAGUUCCUUGGAAAGCCCCAAACCAUUCCACUCUCCAGCUACCGGCAACCUAAAGCAGGAGAAAACGCCACCGACUGGCAGCAUUUUGAACCUAAAUCUAGAUAGGAGUAAAGCUGAAAUGGACCUGAAGGAGCUGAGUGAAACAGUUCAGCAGAAACAAGAAGCCAAGCCUGUCCUCACCUCUCCCAAAAGACAGAUCAAGAGCCGUUUCCAGCUGAACUUGGACAAAACAAUUGAGAGUUGCAAGGCACAGCUUGGUAUAGAGGAGAUUUCUGUUGAUGCAUAUAAAGGUGUGGAACAGAGUGAAUCGGACGACUCAGACAAAUCUGACUCCAGUGACAGUGAAUACGCCAGCGAUGAGGAACAAAAGGCCAAGGAUGGUCAGGAUCUUGAACCCAGUGACGAAACAAAGAAGGAGCCGACAAAGAAUAAAGUCAAAGAACAUCAUCCUCCAAACCAAGAGAAAGAGGGCAAGGCUGAUUCAUUGACAGCAUCUGAGUCUGCAGCAGAAGACACCUCUGCAGCAGCACCAGAUCUUUCAGUCAAAGUGAAAAUAAGCAAAGAUUCAGAAAAAGAGAGCUCAGAGAAGACCAAAGGAGCUCCAGCAUCUCCUGGUUCUAAAGAAAAGGCUCAGGUGAAAGAAGAUGCAAAGCAGCCAGUACCAGUAGAGGACUCUGAUUCAGAGAGAGAGCUGGUUAUUGACCUUGGGGAGGAACAGGGAGGGAAGGACAGGAAGAGGAGCAGAAAAGACAGCAACGCUGUCAAGGAAUCGUCAGCAAGUAAACUUGAAGGUAAAGUCCAGACUCCAUCAGCACUAUCUUCUCAAAGCAGCACAGCCCCUUCCACACCCUCCAAUGUUUCAACACAGUCCCCUAUGGCCAUCCCAGUUUCCAUGGUCUCCUUCACUACUCCUUCUCCUGCCACCAUUAGCCUUACAACUGUGUCCAGUGCCACUGCAAAUACCCCCUCACCCUCCUCCCCUUCAGCCUCCACAACCCCAGCACUGAAGAAGCAGCGCCCUCUGCUGCCCAGAGAGACUGUGCCUGUUGUGCAGAGGGCUGUGGUGUGGAACACAACAGCUAAAUUUCAGACCUCCUCUCAGAAGUGGCACAUGCAGAAGGUGCAGCGUCAGCAACAGAACCAGCAACCAGUGGCAGCCACACAGGUGCAGACGUCGUCUCCCAGGCAAGGACAGGCUCAAGUGUUGACCCAGACACAAGCCACUGGGAACGGCUCAACAGCGGCACCCUCAUCUUCAUCACAGCAGUCUUCACAAAGCACACGCUAUCAGACCAGACAGGCUGUUAAAGCUGUGCAACAAAAAGACUCUCCACUCAGCACAUCAACAUCAGCAGUCACCCUUGUAUCCAGUAGUCCAGCUUCUGCUGCCAUGAUGGCAGCCUCAAAUUUAGGCACAGCAGCUACAUCUUCACCAGUAGCAACAGACUUUUAUAUUCCCACUGCCUCAGCAGAUGUGGCUGCAGAUAUUGCCAAGUACACCAAUAAAAUAAUGGAUGCAAUAAAAGGUACAAUGACAGAAAUAUAUAAUGACCUUUCUAAGAGCACUUCAGGGAAUACAAUAGCAGAGAUAAGACGACUAAGAAUCGAAAUAGAAAAACUACAGUGGCUACAUCAACAAGAGCUGUCAGAAAUGAAGCACAAUCUUGAGCUAACGAUGGCAGAAAUGAGGCAAAGUCUAGAGCAGGAGAGGGAGCGGUUGGUGACUGAGAUCAAGAAACAGAUGGAGGUGGAGAAGCAGCAGGCAGUGGAUGAGACCAAGAAGAAACAGUGGUGUGCUAACUGCAGGAAAGAGGCCAUCUUCUACUGCUGCUGGAACACCAGCUACUGUGAUUACCCCUGUCAGCAGGCCCAUUGGCCAGAACACAUGAAGUCCUGCACUCAGUCAGCCACAGCUCCACAGCAAGAGCCUGAAGCUGAGCCAACAGCAGACCUCCCAAACAAAGGUCUAGGGCAGACUAACACUGGCCCUAAUUCCCUCAGAGACACACCGGCCUCUGCACCCACUGACAAAGACUCUGACAUGGAGAAGAGUACUGACGAUGUUUCUGUAACUUUGUCCUAACCAAACCUACCAUACUUGAAAAUGUAAAUGUUUUUUCUUUCCAUUAUGAAAAUAUGUAUUUGUAAAUAGUUUUAUCCAAGAAGCUGUUAUGGGAACAAUCUAAAUUCCAACUGUUUAUAUAUUUUUUCUUUUGCCUGUCAGAGUUCAUGUUAUACCCCCAAACCAUCAGGCACUUUAAAUGUAGAAACAGAUAGCACUUAGCUAGUGGCCACUAGAGGGGGCCGUUGAAAAAAAGGUCUGCUUUUGCAAUCUAUAAAGAGCUGUCAGAGUAUUAGUGUGGUAGCAUGCCUGUGAAUCAUAAAACAUACACAAAGAAAAAAGGAAACAGGUAAACAGUUUAAAACUGCAAAAAUGAAACCCAUACUACUGGACCAAACCCACUUUAGAUUAGAGGACUGUUGACAGAAAUGUCUGUAAAUUACUUAUUUUGUAUUCUGUGUUAAUUUAUUUGUUAUUAUAAUGUUGCCUGUUGUAUUCUACAAGGAAAAUAACAAUUUCAAGCAUUUUAAACAAGUUGUUUUGAUGGUUAUAUCGUGCUAUAAUUGCCAAUGAAGCAGUCUAAGUCAAGGGUUCCACAAUUUUCAGCCCACAACCCCCAAAAUAACGAUGCUGGACACCGAGGACCCUC